CGCUGAACAGAAAGCUAGAUGCUAUGUUUAAGAUUUUAGGAACAUACAACGUUUGAAGUGAUCUCUGGUUGUUGAAAGUACUCGUUUGAAACCAUGACAGCUAUAAAAGACGGAGAAUACACGGCUACCAUCUACAAACUGAUCAAAGACAGCCUGUAUGUAGAGGCAAUUCACAUCCUAAACGGCCAGCUUCAAAAACACACGAAGUCCAGGGCAGCGCUGUCUCUGCUGGGCUACUGCUACUAUCACAUCCAGGACUUCAGCAACGCUGCUGAAUGCUAUGAGCAGCUCACACAGCUGCACCCAGAGGUGGAGGAGUACAAGGUGUACUAUGCCCAGUCCCUGUACAAAGCUGGUGCUUAUCCUGAGGCCACCAAGGCUUCUUUUGUACUGGACAACUCCAGUAGUCACACCAAGAUGGUCAAGCUGCAAGCCUGUAUCAAAUAUUGUGAAGAAGAUUACUCUGCUGCCAAGUCUCUGUUGGAGCAGCUGCCCCAGGAUGACCCAGACUAUGUCUACAACAUGGGCUGUUUGCUUUACCAGGAUGGAAAGUAUGAGGAGGCCUGCAAAAAAUUCAUCACUGCCAUGCAAGUGCUGGGAUACGUGCCAGCAUUGUCCUACAACAUCGCCCUGUGUUCCUACAGCCUGAGGAACUACGCUCAGGCCCUCAAAUACAUCGGAGACAUCAUAGAACGAGGCAUCAGUGAACAUCCAGAGCUGAGCAUUGGGAUGACAACCGAAGGCAUCGACGUCUACAGUGUGGGCAACACCCUGGUGUUGCAUCAGACAGCUCUGAUUGAAGCCUUCAACCUCAAAGCUGCCAUCGAAUACCAGCUGAAGAACUUGAAAGGAGCUCAGGAGGCUCUGACAGACAUGCCCCCCAGAUCAGAGGAGGAGCUGGACCCUGUGACACUCCACAACCAGGCUUUGGUGAACAUGGACACGAAGCCAUCGGAAGGUUUUGAGAAGCUCGCCUUCCUGCUGCAGCAGCCCUCCUUCCCACCAGUCACCUUUGGAAACUUGCUGCUGCUCUACUGCAAACAUGAGUACUUCGACCUGGCAGCUGACGUCCUGGCAGAAAAUGCUCAUCUUACCUACAAGUUCCUCUCCCCAUACAUGUAUGAGUUUCUUGAUGCCUUGCUGACCUGCCAGACAGCACCAGAGGAGGCGUUUAGGAAGUUUGAUGAGAUGAACGCUAAACCAGCUGAGCUGCUACGCAAGCUGGCCAAGGUGGAGGAACCCAUUCUGCCUCAGAACGACGAAGCACUGAGGAAAGCUCUGCAGGAGCACGACCUCAUGGAGAAGUACAUCGUGGUCCUGAUGGCCCAGGCCAAGAUCUACUGGAACCGGGAGAACUUCCACAUGGUGGAGAAAAUUUUCUAUAAGUCAGCGGAUAUUUGUAAAGAGGACGAUACUUGGAAGCUGAACGUGGCCCACGUGCUCUUCAUGCAAAACAAGUACAAGGAUGCCAUUGUUCUCUACGAGCCCAUCGUCAAGAAGCACUACAGUAACAUCCUGAAUAUCAGCGCCGUGGUCCUGGCCAACCUGUGUGUGUCCUACAUCAUGACCAGCCACAAUGAAGAGGCUGAGGAGCUGAUGAGGAAGAUUGAGAAAGAGGAGGAGCAGAUUUCCUACGACCACCCCGAUAAAAAGGUCUUCCACCUCUGCAUCAUCAACCUGGUCAUCGGGACACUGUACUGUGCCAAGGGAAACUACGACUUCGGUAUCUCUCGUGUUAUCAAGAGCCUGGAGCCAUACAACAAGAAGCUGGGGACGGACACAUGGUUCUACGCCAAGCGUUGUUUCCUCUCUCUGCUGGAGAACAUGUCCAAACACAUGGUCAUGCUGAGGGACGCUGUGGUACAGGAGUGUAUUCAGUUCCUGGAGCACUGUGAGGUCUACGGGAGGGAAGUUCCGGCUCUCAUCGAGCAGCCUCUGGAGGAGAUCCGCAUUCACAUCGGCAAGAACACCGUCACCUACGAGGCUCGAAUACUCAAGGCGCUGUUCUACGAGGUCAUUGUCUGGAACAAGUGACGUCAUCACACAGGUGUCAGUGUAAUGCCUGAGGUUUGUUGAUCCCAGAGAGAUGGCAUACCCAGAGACAGCACACACACACACACACACACACACACACACAUCCCAGGGGGAGCUUUUAUUUUGAAGUUGAGUAGAGCUCGGGGGAGUUUUGGCAGAGAGAUUAAAUCCCGGAGUUCUCCGACAGAUCCUACAUAAUCAGUGUGUGUGUUCUUUGUCACAUGAUGACUGUUAAAGGUCUGGUGCACAGACCUCAGCUCCACUUUACUCAGUCUUACAGUCAGAGAUACAGACAGAGACGAGCUGCAUGUCAGUGCUACUCAAUGUACAGAGGAUGAAAAUGUUUGCAGAAAUAAUGCAGAUCUCCAGGCUUUGUUUUAUUAGUCGUGUUUAUUCUGCUAACAUGAAAUACAUGUUUGAA